GACACGUUCAAGGACACAAUGGAGAUAAGAAUGAGGUUGCAUGUUUGUUUGUGUGUGUUGGUGCUGCUGGUGGCUUUGAGUGAAGGUUUGCGUGGUUGGGGACCAAAGGAUUGUUGCUUUCGUUUCCAGGAGCGAGCCGUGCCCAAAGGACGAGUGCUCAGCUACGUAAAGACCCGGCAGCAGUGCUCCGUUCCUGCCGUGCGACUGAAGACGCUGCUGGGCCGUCACGUGUGCGCUCGCUUUUCAGCCUCAUGGGUGAGAGACCUCAUGAAGCACCUGGACACCAAGACGAGCCCGGGGAACACAUCCGGCUUGUGACGCUCGGCUUAUGGACCAGCGUCCGGCCGUGUCGACGGCAUG